AUGGAAAUCAACACCCGUCAACCCGGGGGACUGACCAACCUAGACUCUGACGAUCUCUUGAUGUCCUUCGACGAAGUGGAUGAGCGCCCUGCCCGCAAUUCGUCCUCGGCUCGCGGCGCGCAUCCACCCACGGACAUGUUCUCUGACGUGCCGGACUUUGGGUCGUCGUCGAGGCGCUCCGUUGAGACCUCACCCACGCGCUCGUUGAACCGCUCGCUUCGGGGUCGACGCUCCUUCUCCACCUUCACUGGGCCCAGCUCACCGCCGAGGGUGUCCGAAGCUGGCGCGGAUAUCAUCUUUCAUUCUCCCCAUCGCGUUGGAAACCACAGCUCAGCCGCCAAGUCCCUGAGAAGGAUGUCGUCUCAAGGCUCCCCCCUGGACUUUGAGCGCUCGCUCACUGAUGAUCCAUUGUGGGCCUACAGUGGCUCUUCGAGGCCGCCCACGGUUCCAGAGUCCUCGGACUCUUCGUCGAAUCGCCCGCGAUCUCUGGUCGAUGCGUUGUCGGCGUCAAAGCUAGCUACGCGAUGGAAACGCUCCGUUCUCGGCCCAAACAUCAUCCAACAGCUUGGUGCCGAGCCAGAACCCCCAUCGCGCACGGCGGUGCCUAUCGACAUCAGCCACACCUCGCCGUUUGCAACUCGCGACCAGAUCGCCGGCACCUACGUCGCCCCGACUGGCGCCCCCGGGUUCCGUGACACCGGAGGUGGUCGCUGGGACGAAGACUCAGAGUCGUCUGGCCCUAAGCUUGCAGGCCGGCAGGAAUCAACGACACCUGUGUUGAGUCAGGCUCAAGCGGAAGCUUUGCGUCCUCACCUGCCCGCUCGACAGCGCAUCUACGACACUUGGCGCUUGCUGUUCUCUUUGGACCAACAUGGGGCGUCGCUCUCGUCGCUUUACCGCGAGGCUGCCAAAUACGCAGAGGGCCACCAGAUGGCUGGUAGUCUCCUGGUCGCCCGUGACAUGGAGAACCACGUCUUUGGAGUCUACCUCAACGAGCCCAUUGCGAAACGAGAAGGCACAUACUACGGAUCGGGUGAAGCGUUCAUGUUCAAAUUCGUAGACGGAGAGAGCAAACCUCGAAUCUUCCCUUGGACAGGGCUUAACCAGUACAUUGCGCUGUGUGAAGCCAACUUCAUCUCAUUUGGAGGAGGGGGCACGUCAUAUGGUCUGUUGCUCGACGGCACCUUCUCACGAAACUCGUCUGCGACCUCCCCAGCGUUUCAAAACGAGGUUCUGUGCUCUGACUCCGCGAUAUUAAGCGAGAAGGGCCAGUCUUUCGACUGUCUUGGACUCGAGGUCUGGGCUACAGCAUGA